AUGGCCAAUCAGAGGAGGCCCUGCUCUGAUCACGUGAUUGGGCUUGACAGAGCUGAGCCAAUCAGCCUUCUCAGCAGUGGGACUCUGGUGUCAGCAGAGGGCGCUGUGGUCUUUGGGGAGUCCAGUGGGGAUGGGGAUGCGGAUGGGGUGCAGCUUCCCUUUCCGCGUAGUCGGGGUUGGAUCCCGGGGUCUGUGCCGGGGGACUCAGUGCCGGUGAAGGGUGGGUUAAGCGGGGCCACAGGUGACAGGCGUCGGCCACCACCCGGGGAGCCCGCUCUCAAAGUGUGGUCUGCAGACCCGCGGCAGGACCCACAGCGGGCGCCCCUGAGAAGCGCAGCAUCCUGCAUGCGGGCUCUUGCCUUGGAUUCCAGAGCUUUUGACUGGAGGGGAGCUCUGAGAGUGAGAAACAGGCAAAGCGGUUUCAGGACAGCCGAGCGGCCCAGUGAGCUCCCUGGACGGCCUGAGCGGGAGCGUGAAGGGCCAAUCCGGAGUCGGCGCGCGCAGGAAAGGCGGGCCGGCGUGACGGGCUGGGGAGGCGGCUGCUCAGGCUGGUUGCUAGCUGCUGCCGCCGCCGCUCACCCCGGCCGUCCGGCCGCUUCAUUGUCACCGGGCCUCGGGGCAGUGUUGGGGGUGGCGGGGCGCCAGGUCGCCGACCCGAGCUUUGGGCGCGACUGGUUCCGCAUCCCCUGCCCGCCGGCCGAAUCUGCAGGCCCCGCGCGCCAGGCAGGCUUCGCGGCUGCGCCCCCGGCCCGCGCAGGGCCUGCCUCGUCCACCAUGAAAGGCACCCGGGCCAUCAGCAGCGCCCUGGAGUGCAGCCCAGCAGGUGUGGACCUGAGUCUGACAGGUCUCCCUCUGCCUGUGUCCUGGCGCCCUGGCAGUGCCACCACCACCAAGCCCAUCGUCCGCUCUGUCUCUGUGGUCACAGGCAGCGAGCAGAAGAGGAAGGCGCUGGAGGCCACAGGGCCUGGGGGCUCCCGGGCCAUCAACAACCUCAGAAGAUCCAACAGCACCACGCAGGCCAACGGAGCCCACAGACUUCCUGAUGCUCUUUGAGGGCAGCCCCAGUGGGAAAAAGAGGCCGGCCAGCCUGAGCACAACCCCCCAGCGAGAAGGGAGCCACCUGGAACGUCCUGGUAAGGUGGUGCGUGCGGCCCCACAUCCUGUUCUCUGCGAUGGGAUUGUGGCCUGGUUCCUAAUUUGUUCUCACUGCCUUUGCAAAAGGGCACUGCAGGGAGGGUGUCAAGCUUAGAUUUGACAUGGCAGACCCCAGGACAUCCACCUGCCUGUAUGGGAAGUCGGGGGCUCCUCCCCUUUGUGGGAGAGGCAGGGAAGGGAUGGGGUGUCUGGGUGUGUGCGGGCGGUGUCACGGGCUGAGCUGUCUGACAGGAUGACCAGCCCCAGGGCUUCACCUUGCCAUCCAAUGCCCAGAGUUCCAGUGCCCUUGACUCACCAGCGGGCCCGCGAAGGAAAGAAUGCACCGUGGC